UUUCUUGGCUGAUGGCCCAACUGACACCCCCUCCUGAGCUGCUGCAAUGCAAAUAUCCAGCCUCUGGUCCUGUGCAACUUUUCCCUCUUUCUGGAGUCAACUUCUAGCCCACUGCUAGGAAAGGGAAAGAGAAAGAGGUUGAGAGGGUCCACUUCGGAACUUUCUUCGCUUUCUUUUAGUCCUCUGCAAAGGCAUUCUUGGGUACACCUAAGUGCUGCUUUCGCCCCAGAUACCAACCGAACGAAGGAUGGGGGAAGUCAGAAACUGGGGCGCUCUGAUGCUUCUCAGUCAAGUCCUUCCUUAUUGUGCUGCAUAUAACAUUGGUCUCCUGGAAGCAAAAAUAUUUGAUGGUCCUUCAACCGAGCAAUUUGGAUAUGCAGUACAACAGUUUGUAAAUACCAACGGCAACUGGUUGCUUGUUGGCUCACCAUGGAGUGGUUUUCCAGAGAACAGAAUGGGAGAUAUCUACAAAUGUCCUGUCAACUUACCCAGCACCAUGUGUGAAAAACUGAAUUUACAAACUGUAACGAGCAUUCCAAAUGUUACCGAGAUAAAAACAAAUAUGAGUCUUGGCUUGACACUCACACGGAACUUGGGAACUGGAGGGUUUCUGACAUGUGGACCCCUGUGGGCCCAGCAGUGUGGAAAUCAGUAUUAUGCGACUGGCAUCUGUUCUGACGUUAGUCCCAGUUUCCAGCUCCUCAACAGCUUUUCACCUGCAGUUCAGAGCUGCCCAUCCUUCAUUGAUGUUGUGGUUGUAUGUGAUGAAUCAAACAGCAUUUAUCCCUGGAGUGCAGUGAAGAAUUUUUUGGUCAAAUUUGUGCAAGGCCUGGAUAUAGGUCCCGACAAGACCCAGGUGGGGCUAAUUCAGUAUGGAAAUUAUCCACGAGUUGUAUUCAACAUGAGUACUUUUAAAACAAAAGAAGAAAUGGUUAAAGCAACAUCCCAAACAACCCAGCAUGGUGGAGAUCUCACUAAUACUUUCAAAGCAAUUCAAUUUGCCAGAGAUUUUGCUUAUUCUGAAGCCUCUGGUGGACGACCUAGUGCUACCAAAGUUAUGGUGGUUGUGACAGAUGGUGAAUCUCAUGAUGGCUCAAUGUUGAAAAAAGUUAUUGGUCAAUGCAAUGACGACAACAUACUUAGAUUCGGCAUAGCAGUGCUUGGAUACUUAAAUAGAAAUGCACUUGACACAAAAAAUUUAAUAAAAGAGAUCAAAGCAAUUGCUAGUACUCCAACAGAGAGAUAUUUUUUCAAUGUUUCUGAUGAAGAUGCACUCUUGGAAAAGGCUGGGACAUUGGGAGAGCGUAUUUUCAGCAUUGAAGGUACUGUUCAAGGAGGUGAUAACUUUCAAAUGGAAAUGUCACAAGUGGGGUUCAGUGCAGAUUACUCUCCUCAAAAUGGUGCUCUGGCACUGGGUGCAGUAGGGGCAUAUGCCUGGAGUGGAACAGUAGUCCAGCAGACACCCCAUGGAUAUUCCAUCUUCCCCAGACAAGCCUUUGAAAAAGUUCUGCAAGACAGAAACCACAGUUCAUAUUUAGGAUAUUCUGUUGCAGUUAUUUCUAAUGGUAACAGUGUCCAUUUUGUUGCGGGUGCUCCCCGGGCAGAUUAUACGGGCCAAGUAGUAAUGUAUAGUGUUGAUGCUGAUGGUAAUGCCACAAUCAUUCAGUCUCACAGAGGUGACCAGAUUGGCUCCUAUUUUGGCAGUGUGGUGUGUUCUGUUGACGUAAAUAGAGAUACUAUUACAGAUGUGCUUUUGGUGGGGGCACCAAUGUUCAUGAAUGACCUUAAGAAAGAGGAAGGAAGGGUCUACCUGUUCACUAUCACAAAGGGAAUUUUGAAUCAGCAUCGAUUCCUUGAAGGCCCUCCAGGUUUGGAGAAUGCCCGGUUUGGCUCAGCGAUUGCCGCUCUAUCAGACAUUAAUUUGGAUGGUUUCAAUGAUGUUGUAGUGGGCUCACCCCUUGAAAAUGAGAACUCUGGAGCUGUUUACAUUUACAAUGGGCAUCAGGGGACCAUACGAACAAAAUACUCUCAGAAAAUAUUAGGGUCAGAUCCUGCCUUUAGGAAUCAGCUCCAGUAUUUUGGGAGAGCAGUAGAUGGCUAUGAAGAUCUGAAUGGAGAUUCAAUCACUGACAUAUCCAUUGGUGCCUUUGGAAAAGUGGUUCAGCUCUGGUCACAGAGUAUUGCUGAUGUCUCCAUAGAAGCUUCAUUUACCCCUGAAAAGAUCAAUUUGUUAAACAAGAAUGCUGAAAUAACCCUCAGAUUGUGCUUCAGUGCAAAAUUCAGACCUACCACACAAAACAGUCAAGUGGAUAUUAUCUACAAUAUAACACUUGAUGCUGAUCGAUUUUCCUCUAGAAUAACUUCUAGGGGAUUAUUUAAAGAAAACAAUGAAAGAUACGUUAAGAAAAACGUGGUGGUGUAUCAUACACAUACUUGUUCAGAGCACAUCAUCAAUAUACAGGAACCUUCUGAUGUUGUCAACUCCUUAAAUGUCCGAGUGGACAUCAGUUUGGCAAAGCCCGGUACGAGUCCUGCUCUUGAAGAGUAUUCUGAGACUUCAAAGGACUUCAGUAUACCUUUUUUAAAAGACUGUGGGGAUGAUGGAGUCUGCAUCUCUGAUCUUGUCCUUAAAGUUCAACAGAUAACGGAUACUCAAAAACAGCCAUAUAUUGUCAGCAGCCAAAAUAGAAGGUUAACAUUUGCAGUGAUGCUGAAAAAUAAAGGAGAAAGCGCUUAUAACACCAGAAUUGUGGCUGCUUUCUCAGAAAACUUGUUUUUUGCCUCGUCCUCGGCAUCGGUUGACGGGACUGAGGUUUCAUGUCAGUUGGAUACUUCCAAGAAGGUUCUCACCUGUAAUGUUGGCUAUCCUUCUGUCAAGAGUGACCAGCAGGUGUCUUUUAACAUAAACUUCGACUUCAAUUUCCAAAAUCUUCAAAACUUGGCACGUGUCAGUUUUCAAGCUUUAAGUGAGAGUCAAGAAGAGAAGGAGGAGGACAAUACAGUCAACUUCAAAAUUCCUUUGCUGUAUGAUGCAGAAAUCCAUUUAACAAGGUCUACCAACAUCAAUUUUUAUGAAGUCUUUUCUCAUGGCAAUGUUUCCUCCACGGUGAAGACUCUCCAUGAGAUUGGCCCCAUGUUCAGCUUUUCAGUUAAGAUCACAACAGGAAGCAUUCCAGUAUCCAUGGCUUCUGUAACCAUCUCGAUUCCUCAAUACACCAAAGAAAAUAAUGCAUUGAUGUACUUGACAGGAAUACAUGUAGCCCAGGACAGUGAUAUCAGCUGCACUGCAAAAAUAAAUCCACUAAAAAUAGGAGAAACACCUUACUCAGUGUCUUUUAAGAAAGAAAACUUCCGAGAUAUUAAAGAAUUGAACUGCAAAACUGCCUCGUGUAGUAAAGUCACCUGCCAGCUAAGAGAACUGGAAAUGAAAGAAGAAUACUUUGUAAAUGUGUCUACCAGGAUCUGGAAUGGGACUUUUGCAGCGUCAUCUUUCCAGACAAUUCAGCUGGUAGCAACUGCAGAAGUGGACCCAUUUGACCCACAAAUAUAUAUAAUUGAAGAAAACACUGUUAUGAUUCCAGUUACAAUAAUGAAGCCUGAUGAAAAAGCUGAAAUACCAAUAGGAGUUAUCAUUGGAAGUAUAAUCGCUGGGCUUCUCUUGCUGUUAGCCCUAACUACUGUUUUGUGGAAGCUUGGCUUUUUCAAGAGGAAAUAUGAGAAAAUGGCCAAAAAUCCAGAUGAAAUUGAUGAGACUGCAGACCUAAACAGCUGAAUUGCUGCAGUCUUCUAUCACAGUCGUAGAUGGAAAUCCUUUGAAUGACUGAUGUUUUCAAAUGUCAAAAACUCUUUUUAUAAUUUUAUGAGUGAAAUAACUUUACAAAUUUUAUUUUAAGAGAAGCUGCUGGCCAGUUUGGGAAUAGAAAAUUUUUUUGUGUGUUUGUGGGGAGACUUGCUUUUUUGAAAGUUGGGGGGAUUUUUAUAUAAAAAAAUAGUUUUUAAACUGGCUGGACCAGAGUUUAUAUUGACAGAAUACAUUGUGCCAGAAAUUCUAAGCAUUUCCUAGCCCACGAGUGUUAGCAAAAUGCAGCCCUAUUUUCAGAAGUUUACUGGAAAAUAAAGUGUCCCAAAGUUGCUGCUUACCUUUGCAAAAAGGAAGAUAGAGGAGCUUUUAACAUCAAGACAGUCAGUCUGUAUCUCUUCAAUCUGAACAAACAUGCAAACGAGGUGAGACAUAGCAGCCUAUAGCAAAAGGCCAUGUGAGUAGCACAGCGAAGAAAUUGUGAAGAUGAAGUUUACCCUGGAUACCAUGGGUACAGUGGAAUGAAUAGUGACUCUGGAGUUAGAGAAGUUUGGGAUUCAAAUCCCUCCUAUAAUGUUUACUACCUGUGUGAUUUUGCUGAAAUCAUUAAACCUCCCUGGGCCUCCAUUUCCUAAGCUGUCAAAUAAAGGGGUUGGUUUAAAUGCAUGCCCUCUGAGGUCCCUUGUAACUCUAAAUCUAUGAUCUUUCCUAUCAGAACUCCUUUCCUCCAUCCUGGUGACCCCUCUCCCCUCUUUGAGCUUCAGGCAUUGUUGCUUUUAGGUGACUAGUUAUCACAGUUAAAAAAUUAGGCCACUGGACAGCUCUCCUAAGCAGCUUUUGCUUUCCUGUAGCUUUUCCCUUCUGCCCUUUCUGAAUUAAGAUUUUCUAAAAGCUCCAAGUUUGUUGUAUUUUUUGGCUGAUCUGUGUCCCUACCCCCAUGAUGAAUGCCAUGACUAGAGUAUGGGUGGUAAGAAUAUCUUUGAUUUUGCAUGUAUAAAUUGUUUGUCAGUCCAAAACCCACCUAGAUUUCCAGUUCAGAGUUAGCUCAUCCAUAAAAUCAGGGUGUUGGGCUAAAUGUCUUCUGGGGUCACUUUAAGUUCUAAAAAGCUUUUCAGUGUAAAGUACAAAGCAACAACCAAUCCAGGAACUUAGAUUUGGCUCUGGAAUGUAGCUAAAGAAAAAGACUCGGGCACUUAUCCAUCUGAGACUUGCUCUAAGUGCCCUGCCCUUUUUAAACAACUCCAGCAUAGGAGCCAGCUGGACAAUGAUCGAUAACUGAGCUUGAUAAUUGAUAAUAGAUAAUCAACGGUCCUAUAUUUUUGCUUAUCUUGCAUUCCACCAAAACAACUCAGUUAUCCAUAUAAUUUUAAGAUCUUAUUCAUAAACUGUGGGAUAUUGAUAGAACUGAGGUAGAUAUGCCAGAGAGUCAUUCUUACUGCAGUUGAUCAAAUAAUUCCAGCAGAAACUGUGUCACUAAAUAAUAAAAGAAGUUUUACAUUUA